AUGUUGUUCAUAGUCGCGCUCUUCCUCUCGCUCCUUCUCAUCUUCAUCUUCAUCUCCCUCCGAAUCUACUUCAUACUCCCUAGUCGCCCUUCCACAACCCCGCAAACAUCUAUCCUCCAAUCCUCUCGCAUAGUAGAAUUGACACCACCCGAAAAAUCUCAUGUCUUAAUUAUCCUGGGCUCAGGCGGCCACACCGCCGAAAUGUUCUCCUUACUCUCCUCAAUCUCCCCGGACAUCAUAACCCACCGCACCUACGUCUUCAGUAGCGGAGAUAUCCAUUCCGCUAGAUCUGCUCAAGCGUUUGAAACUUCUUUGGCGGGGGGUUAUACGAAGAAGGCGAAUGAGAAGAUCGGGUGUAGACUUUUGGAGAUUCCGAGGGCGAGGAAGGUACGGCAGUCGUGGGUUACUACGCCUUGGAGCUGUUUGAUGUGUUUGAUUGGGUGUAUGAAUGUGCUAAACGGAGGGGAUUUGGAGGGGGUGAGUGUUCGGAUGAAGAGUUGUUGGGAGGGGAGACGGUUUCCUGAUGUUGUGGUUUGUAAUGGUCCUGCUACGUCUGUGAUGAUGGUUCUUGCUUUUCUUUGGGCGCUGCUCAACGAGGAUUAUAUACGUAGAAUCAUUCGCUCGGGUUACAACUCUGUCGUUAUCGGGGAAACUUCUGCUUCCAUUGGCGGAUAG